AUGGAAGAAUUUAUUAAAAAACUAUUAUCAUCUGAUAAGUUUGAUGAAUUAGCUGAAAAGAUUGCAGAUAAAGCGGCAAAGAAAGUUUACAACUUUCAAAAUAGCGUACAAUUAGCUCGAAAUGACAAUUACACCAGUCGAGAUAAUCGAUCGCCCAUAUAUAGAAUAAAUGUAAAACCGGAAAUUAAUGAAAAUAAUACUAAGUUGAAAAUAAAACCUAAAGCAAGCAAUAUAAGCAAUCAUAAAAAGAAGAUAAAUAAAGAACUCGUUAUGAAAACAGCUCAAUUAAUGCCGUUGAAAGAAUUAAGUUUAAGAUACAAACAUUUUAUUAUGCAGACUAGAUCAAAUGAAAGUCAAGUGUCUCGUACUGAUGUUACAAAAUCUACUAAAAAGUACAUAAACGUGAGGGUAGAAAACCCUUUAGAUGGAGAACAAAUAUUAGACAAAUCUAUACAUGACUCAGUUGAUGAAAUAGUAUCGAAUGGAAGUAAAGAAAUACCUGUUACUAGUGUAGCAGAAGAAAAUGAUACAUCCACGGAGGAUUUUAAUUUCCUAUUAGGAAAUACAAAUAAUAUAAAUAGCAAAAAAAAUAUUGAAGAUACCUCGAAAUCUGUGGAACAAAAGCCAAAUGCAGAAAUUAAUGCUACUGUGAAAAAUUCAAAUGAUUCUGAAUUGCAUUCUGAAGAAACUAGUAAAGAAGAAGAUGCAGAAAUAAGCAAUGAAAAUAGCAGCAAUGCAAAUUUAGAACUCAACGUGGAAAGUAAUGUUGUCAAAAACAAUGAUGGAAAUAGUACAAAAAGAAAUAAAAGCCGUAUGAUGACACACUACGAUAAUAUAAACGAAAUUUCUGUAAAAACAAAUAGUAUAGAAACUGACGACAAUGAAGUAUUUGCUAAAAACAGGGCUAAACAACUUAAGACUAACUUGGAAAGUAAAACAAGGAAUAAACCAGUUCAGUCACGUCUUAUUCGAAAAGAGGGAAGCAAAUUAUUCACCUUUGAAACUUCGCCAGAUUAUGAUGAGUAUCAUGACGAAGUAGCUAAACUUGAAAAAGAAAAUGCUAAGAAUAUAAAUUUUAUUAAGGAUGUUCCAAUUAUAGACUAA